AUGGCCAAUCAGAAAACUUUCCGUGGUAGCAUCGAGCCAGCUCGAGAGGACAUUGCAGUUGGACGAGGAUCGAAGCGCAAGGCCGCGACCGACCACGCCGCAAAAAGACGCCGCCCAAUUGACGAAGAUGAGGAUGAGACAUACAGAAACCACUCACUUGAAGAAUUAUCAACAACGCUCGAGCAACCAUUGGUCCCUGAUGAAGAGCAAGAUGAAGGUCUCGACCCAAAUCGGACUUACUAUACACCCCAUUGCCGGUUUGAUGGCAAGGUUAGGGAGGCGGUAGCCGCAAAUGACCAGAGGGCAGGCCUCCCACCCCCUGCAAUAUCAAAUCUGGUCCCAUUUGUGGACGCGCCUCUAUUUGGAGAACUUGACUUGGAUUCUCGGACUAUAAGCCGUGACUUUGUCGCGCAUCUGCCUCAUCGACGACGUGCUAACGAGCUGAUAAGCAUUUAUUGGCAAAACGUUGACUCUGUAGAGCCAGUUUUGGAUCGAGAUCAAUUUUUCUACGAUUAUGAGGCUUCUUGGAUAAGACCUUGGGACUUGCUCCUAGCAGAUCAUGAGAUAUGGCUUUCUAUACUCAACAUUGUCUUUGCUUUGGCAGUACAGAGGCAAGAAUCGAUCCCCGCGGGGGAACGUGAUGCAGAAGCAAACCUUUAUUUCCAACGGGCUUGGGUGCUUUUACGGCCAGAGAAAUUCCUUUGGAAGCCUGGCACAGUCCAAGUGGUUCAGUGCUUGAUGCUGAUGAAUCGGUAUCUUCACUGCACCUCUCACCAACAGAAGACCUGGAUGACUGGUGGUUUGGCGUUGCGAAUCUCACAGAACAUGAAUUGCCAGGCUCCUGAUGUAUCUUUAUCUCCGAACCCCGAGAUGGAACGAGAGAAACGCCAGAAAGUGUGGGCGAGCUGCGUUGCACUUGACAGAUGUGUUGCUUGGUCUCUUGGAAGGACUUCGGUGCCGUCCAUGAUUCCUCUGCCUGACUUUUCCUCUCAAAUUUCUUCCAGUUGUAUUGACGAUAAAUUACGUACUGACCUUGAAUGUGCUGUUCGUGGUCUCGAGCUUCAUGAGAUUGGCAAUCAAAUUCAGUUGGCCCAAGGGCAAACGCGAAACAGAGUGGCAUUUAGAUUGGGACUGCCCCGCCUCUAUCAACAAGAUGAAUACCAUGCCGUGGCAGUACAGAUAGACACCUGCCUUGGAAAAUGGGAAGAUAGUCUUCCCAACGACUGGCAGUUUGAUAAUUUACGAAAUAUCGUGGAGAAAUCGAUCCGAUCGAAGGCACUUCUGCUACAUGCUCGCUUUCUUGGUACUCGGAUAUUUUUGUACCGGCCCAUGCUUGCACGAUGUUUAUCUAUGCAAUCGGGGGCCCAAGCAUCGACCCAUGGUCUUGGUCUGCGUCAUCGUCUCCUGAGAGAAUGUGCUGAAAUGUGUGUUGAAACAGCUCAGAGAAUUGUCACCAUGAUUCUCGACUCGUUUGAACCGAAUGCAUUGAUCGGGCUUCUACCAUGGUGGUACCGAGUCUAUUAUCUGCACAUAGCGGGAACUACUUUUCUUGCCGCGAUGCUGAGUGACCUCUUCACUGAAUCAGUGUCACAAUCUUGGCACAACAUGUUGACGGGUCUUCGCCAUCAUGAGCAUUUGAGCAUGUUUAUCCCACAGUGCAUUGCCACUUUUGAAACACUCUCGGGGAGGAUCUUGGAAACACGAUAUCCGAAUACCAUGAAUGGUGGAGGUUCGUCGCAGAAUGAAGAUAAUGCUGGCCUCUGCUUCGACGAACUUUUCAAGGAUCUAGAUCUUGAUUUCAGCAGUUUCCUCUUCGGAAUCGAGGAUCCUGUCUAG